AUGUGCUGCUUUAAUUACAAUGAGUACUUUGCAAAAAUUGAGUAUGACCCGGAAGAGCUUCUGACUGCAGCAGAAUUUAAUAAUAAUGAUGUUUGGGUUUUACUGGGCAGCAUAAUAGAUAUAAGCAGCUUAGAAGAAAUAUUUAACGAUUCUCUCUGCAAUCUAUUAAGCCAUUCUAUUUUUUUAAAAAGAGUGGUUAAUAUAUUUGGGGCAUACACAUCUUUCAAUGCAUUCUGUAUUAGAUUAAUCGAAGUGUAUGGAUUUAAUGCGCCACAAAAUGUAAUGAAAUGCAUGGAAGAGAAAAUAGAAGCAUAUAAUGCACGGGGACUGGCCCAUGUUUGGUUUUUAUGGCUAUUAUAUGCCUGCGCAGAACCAUUGUCUAACCUAAGGCUUAUUAAAAGUAUCUAUAUGUAUCUAGAGCCUAUAUACAUUUCUUGUGACUAUAUAAGCGACACAAGGGAUAUAAAAAACGUAGAUUUUAACCAUGCUUUAUAUGUUCUGGAUGCAAAAAUGCAUUUGCUAGGCAUAGCAGAAAAUGAAGUAAGCAAAGCAAAAUAUGAAAAAACUAUAUGCCAUAUCAAAAGAUGCAGUCUUCUUGUAUCAAGUAAGCAACUCUUAACUAACCGGAACACAGCUCGAAAAAGAUGCCAUUUAGGCAAUCAGGCAUAA